AGAGGGAAAUACCUCAACGCACACGCCGAGAACGAGGCAGUCAAGAUGAAGUUAUUGCUUAUUGCUGCUGCUCUGGCUGUGGCCAGCUGCGCCACCAUUUCCCUGGAAGACCUCGAGUUUCACGCCUGGAAACUCAAGUUUGGGAGAUCUUACAGCUCCUUAUCAGAGGAGACUCAUCGCAAGCAAAUCUGGCUCACCAACCGCAAACUGGUGCUGGUGCACAACAUCAUGGCGGAUCAGGGCAUCAAGUCUUACCGCCUCGGCAUGACCUACUUUGCUGACAUGGAAAAUGAAGAGUUCAGGCGUUUAAUUUCCCAGGGCUGCCUGAAAGCCUUUAACACCUCUCUCCCUCGUCGUGGUUCUACCUUCCUCCGGUUGCCUGAGGGAAGCCCUCUGCCCGACACUGUCGACUGGAGGGACAAGGGAUAUGUGACGGACAUCAAGGACCAGAAACAGUGUGGCUCCUGCUGGGCCUUCAGCACAACCGGCUCUCUGGAGGGUCAGACCUUUAGGAAGACAGGAAAGUUGGUGUCUCUGAGUGAGCAGCAGCUGGUUGACUGCUCCGGGGAUUAUGGCAACAUGGGCUGUGGUGGUGGCUUGAUGGACUAUGCCUUCCAGUACAUCAAGGCAAAUGGAGGGAUAGACACAGAGGAGUCCUACCCAUACGAGGCAGAGGAUGGACAAUGCCGUUACAACCCUAAUACCGUUGGUGCCACCUGCACAGGGUAUGUUGAUGUGACUUCAGGUGAUGAAAACGCCCUGCAGCAGGCUGUGGCCACCAUCGGACCAGUGUCAAUAGGCAUUGAUGCAGGUCACGAAUCCUUCCAGUUUUAUGAUUCAGGAGUGUAUGAUGAGCCUGACUGCAGCAGCGAAGACUUGGAUCACGGUGUGCUGGCUGUGGGUUACGGCACUGAAGACGGGAAAGACUACUGGCUGGUCAAAAACAGCUGGGGUCUUGACUGGGGGGUCAAGGGAUACAUCAAGAUGUCCAGGAACAAAAAUAAUCAGUGUGGAGUUGCCACUGCCGCCAGCUACCCACUGGUCUGAACAGGUCACAAGAAACUUUAUUUUUGUUUCAGGUCCAGGAUCUUCUUAAACAACGAGGCCA